UGUUGAGUUGAGUGCCGCUGGAAGUUAGCGCCUGCCCGUGAGCCUGUACGGAGGUUAGUUUGGUUGGUGCGGUAAAAUUUCAUAUUCGGGCUUUCUUCCUUCUUGCUCGGUCAAUGAAACACGAAAAUCGCAGAUUAUAUCGAAUGGAAGUGGCGUGUGGUGCGAAACGCGUGUCGAUGGCGUAAUUAAAAAAAAAAUUUGCUUUCGUUUCGAACGGUGAAUACAACGGCGUGCUAGUGUCGUUGACGUUUCAUGUGUCAGUGUCCUCUCUCUCUCUCUCUCUCUCUUUCUCUCCCUGUUUUCCUCUCUUACGUCUGCCCUUUCCCGUCUCCGAUCCUUUUCUAUCUCGUCCCUUUCUAUAUACGUUAUAACCAUCGCACCAACAAGCCGCGUUCGUUGUUGCAAUGCCAGAUGACAGGUGCGAGGCGCUACCAUUGGUGUCUAUUAACGAGUCCUUCGAGUGUCCUGCGAAUUUAGGAUACGCCGCAGAAUGACGAGCGUAAGGUUGUUCUACCGGAAGGGCGGAGAAGAGGACCGAAGACGACGACCACGACGACGAUCUCGAAUUCCCUCGCGCUAGCGGUGGGCUAUGAGCGCUGACAAUGGGGACGACUCCUUGGCAGAAUCGAAGUGACGGAAGAAGGGGAAGUUCCGCGGACAUUCACACGUGGAUGCUGUGGCCCGUGUUGGGGGAUGACGGGCUAAGCCCAACGUCGCCCCCGGCGACGGCCAGCGUCAAGGGGGUGAACAAACUGGCGCCCUUGCUGCUCUGCGCGCCCUGCAAGCCCAGCAGCCACAGGAAGAACCAGAAUUCCACGCAGUGGUACGUGCAGCAGCCCACGUGGCGUUUAUGGGGCGAGGAAAGGGGCGAUGGCGUCAUAUACACGGUGUACCUGAAGAAGGUUCGAUAUCACAGGCCUACCAGGAGUCUCUCUGCAUCGGAUUCAGACGACGAGAUUUCGCAUUUAGAAUGGGAGACGGUGAGAGUGCGUUUCCUGAAAGCCGGAACGGUGCAGCGGCUGGUAGAGAGUCUGGCGAACGACGACGGGGAACUCGAGUCGACAUACAUCAAUGUCUUCUUGGCGACAUAUCGUGCAUUCACCACGCCGCGAGAAGUGCUGGAGCUAUUGUUGGCGAGGUACGACGCCCUCGACGAAGGAUCCGGUGCCCUGACAGGUGAACAGCAUCGAAAAACCUUAGUUCAGGCUCUUCACGUUUGGCUGGACGCCUAUCCUGGUGACUGGAAGUCGCCGCCGAAUCAUCCAUUGCUCAGUAGACUCCUGGACUUCACGCAUCGACGACUUCCUGGCUCGGAACUCGAGCUCAAGGCAAGGCAUCGCUUGCACAGGUUUCAGCGUGAAGAUCAGAUGGACUCUUGUAUGGUGUAUGAUAAUGGUCGACUACCACGUGGUUCCCCAGAUCCGAUCGCGGAUCACUGGACGAAUUACAGUUUCCCCGAAGUUCCACACCGGCAUUUCGCCGAACAGUUAACCCGAAUGGACGCCGAAGUGUUCAAAAAACUCGUAGCCCAUCAGUGCCUAGGUGCUGUCUGGUCCAGAAGAGAUCGUUCGAGAAGUCACGACGCGGCCACGGUGUUGGCCACCGUGAAUCAAUUCAACGCUGUGUCGCUUCGAGUCAUAUCCACGAUACUGAUGGACCCGACGACGAAGCCUCAGGAACGAGCGAGGAUCCUCGAGACGUGGAUUGACAUUGCUCAAGAACUACGCGUGUUGAAGAAUUUUAGUAGCCUGAAGGCUAUCGUGUCCGGUUUACAGAGUAACCCCGUAUAUAGGUUGGAGAAAUGUUGGCAGUCUAUGCCCAGAGAGAAGCACGAGCUGUUCAGGGAACUGGAGAGAAUCUUUUCAGAAGAGAAUAACGCAUGGACGCAGCGAGAGCUUUUAAUCAAGGAAGGUACGGCAAAGUUUGCUGACACUGCCGGCAGGAGCGAUAGGCACUUGCAAAAGUUAUUUCAGAAGCAGAAUACUCACGCGGGAAAUAUCAGCUAUGGCACGAUACCGUACCUAGGAACUUUCCUAACGGAUCUCACUAUGAUAGACACGGCGAUACCAGAUACGAUAGCAGAAGGAUUAAUCAACUUUGAUAAAAGACGGAAGGAGUUCGAGGUUCUCGCUAGGAUAAGAUUGCUCCAAGGCGCAGCGAAUGCGUACAAUUUCAGCACGGAUCCGUUGUUCGAUCGUUGGUUUCAUUCCGUGGUGGUGCUUGAUGAUCGAGAAGCAUACAAACUGAGCUGUCAGAUCGAGCCGCCGCCCCCUGGAAACACUCUGAAUAAUCGUGGCAAGAAGAAGCAGAGUCAUCAGGGUCAUCGCAAAAACGACUCGAUAGCCUCUACGUCGAGUUCGAGUAGCUCCCAGUUUUAUUGCGACCUAGAUUCUCUGCCGAGCUCGCCGCACAACUCUCUCGAUCGGCGCACCUCGCCGUCCCAGAUGUCUAGUUCUUCCUCCAGCUCGUCUUUGCCAUCAUUGGACGUGUCUCUAAGCUCCGGCGGAGGAAGCGGAGCGACGAAUCAGCACAACCGACUAGCACCGCAGACUGCCAUCACCGCCAAUGGAAACAGCACCAAUGUCAUUGGCCUGUCCAGUCCGAGUCAUUCGCAUAAGAGCUCACCAGAUUUUUACAUAAUUAAAGUCACCAUGGAGAGCGAUAACGUUGAGACUGAGGGCGUGGUGCUGUACAAGUCUAUCAUGCUCUCGAACAACGAAAGGACCCCGCAAGUGAUACGAAACGCGAUGCUUAAGCUAGGAAUAGAGGGCAGCUCCGACCAGUAUACGCUAGCCCAGGUUCUUCCUGAUCGUGAGAUGGUUCUGCCAAACUCGGCGAACGUUUAUUACGCCGUAAAUACCGCGCACAAUUUGAACUUCAUUCUACGACCUAGAAGAGAGCCUAACGAUAGCGUUACAGAAAGUCCUAAGAGCAAGACGAGUCACAAGCGGUAGUGUUGUAUGUCGAGAGAAUAGGCUACUUCGUAAUUAAUAUUUUGCUAUGUUGCGGCAGAUGGAAUAUUCAGAGCGAUAAUCAUGUCAAUCGAAAUAUUUAGGGGAGAUUUAUUUAUUCUUCGUGAGCGGUAAAAGAGCAUUUUGAAGAACGUUCUAGUUGAGAAUCCGAAAGAAUCUCAUUAGGUUUGCGAUGGUGCGUUCACAUCAUCUUUUCUUUCACAUUUUACCCAUGACAGUACCAAUGUUUGAUAUGUCGCGAAAUUUUUUUAUAGUGAUAAUCGUGAACGACGCAUUGACAGUGACAUAUUACAUUUGGACAUCAUACGACGUUCAGUGUCUUUAGUAUCAAUUUUUGUUUCUUUCAUCGUCACUCGCUCAUCGCAUAAUUGUGUUAACACGACAUUACCCGCCUACACGGUACUCGAAUAUAACAUUAGCGUCAUUUGUGCGGAUCGCGGACUAAUGUAGUUUUAGAUUAUAUUUAGCGUAAGUCAUUUAGGUCUCUUAUCGACGCACACGCGAAACGAACAAAGACAAACGAUGUAAUAGGUAGCUUGCGAGGUGCGCGAAUGUAGCAGUUGUGUGUAGUCAUGUGUAAUUUAUACAAGAAAUCCUUGCGGAUUCUAAGAGAUUACGGCGAUGAAGAUUGUGACGGGCAAAUAAUGAGUAUCCGCGAGAGAAACAUUGUGAUUUUGUACAUAACUUUAGUGUCGUAGUGUGGCUUCGAGCGUAGUCGAUUGGCCGCGAGAAUCAAGUGGACCCAAUGAAACAAUUGUCAAUUACUUUUUUCCGCAUUGCAAUUUAGAGAAAAAAAAGGAGAAAAAAAGAAAGAGGUCUAAAAUUGUUCAAACAGCCAUUCGUCCAUUCCGUGAUUCAUUUUUCUUGUCCCGCAUCUAUGACAGCGAUGCGAGGAACAGAGAGAUUCGAUUCUGUGAUAUUGGAAUUUCUCAUUUCGGCUUUGAAUUUAAUCGCAAAAUAAAAAGAAAGAAAAACCGAAAUCGAGUAUAUGCAUACGUUUGAUGCGAGUGAAUAUCAAAUACUCGUUCCGAUAUCGAAGCUAAAAAACACAUUAGAACGUGUGUGAACGUACGUUGAUAUAUUUUUACAAAGACCUGCAUGCAUUUCGUAUUAGGGCAAGUGAGAAGCAUAGAAAAAAAAAAAAAACAACCGCAAGAUCCAAGCACGUUGGAUUCGUGAAAUACUACGCCGACGUGUCUGGAUCCUUGAUGUAUCGUUUAGCUUAGGCAAUUUUGUACUUACUUCUUAUCGACCUUAAUUUUCCACGAAAUGUCUCUAACUAGCUGUAUCUGUUCGUGUACGCGUCAAUUCUUUACUGAAAUUCGCGGAAGUUAUGUGUAAUACGAGUCGAUAAAAGCGAGAAUAGAUGGACCUACAAUUUUA